AUGUCAAUAACAUUUACAGUUAAACAAAAUAUAAAGGAAAAUGAAAUUUUAAAUGUUAAAGAAUUUAAUAUUAAAGAUUUCAUUAGAAAUCAAUAUGAAUUACAAUCACCAUCUACAAAACCAGAAGCAAUCUAUAAAAAAUUGAUUGAAUCUGGAUGUGAUGAAGAGAAAGCAAUAGAUAUGGUAGAAAAAAUUGAAAUUGAUACAGAAGUAAAACGACAAAAAAAAAUAAAUAAAAGACUGGAAUCAAGUAAAAUUAUUAAAUCGAGCAUUAUAACAGAUUAUAAUGAUAAUGAAUUAAAAAUCUUAAAUAAUAAUACCAGUAGUGGUAGUACCAAUAAUAAUAAUCAUCAUCAAAAUAGUAAUAAUGGUUAUAAUAAUAGUUUUGUAUAUUCUGCCUGGAGGGCCUAUAAUCAUCAUCACCAUUUAGUGAUUCGCCCAGAAAAUAUUUGGUUGUCAAUUAUCACCCAAUUUUCAUUUUAUAUAAAUAAAAAUUCAAAUUCUUUAAAAGAUAAAUUCCCGGAUUUUGAUAUCACUAUCGACAAUCAUCAUCAUCAUCAUCACCAUCAUCAUCAUCACCACCAUAAUAAUAAUCAUCACCAUCAUGGUCAUCAUGAUAACCAUAACCAUAAUCAUAAUCAUAAUCAUAAAAAAGAAAUAAAUAUUAAAACAAAUUAUUCAUUUUCAGAAGCAUCAUUUGAAAAAAUAACAGAUGAUAUUUGGCAACAAAUUAGUAAUACAAUUAAAGAUGAAUCAAUAAAGGAAUGGAUUAUUCCAAAUUUUUCAACCACUACACCCUCUGAUAAGGUGGUAUUUUCGGUGGCAUUAAAUUCAACUUUAAAAGAAUACUUUUAUUAUAAGGUUACUUCAACCAAUGGUCUACCUCAAGUUACAAUUUUAGGUACAUUGGAAGAUUGGAAAAAUUUAAGAGAUCGUGUUACAAGAUUAUUAGAUUUCGAUUUCGAAGGUAACGGAAAUCAAAUGAGUACUUGGGUAAGUUAUUUAUUACCUGUGAUGGAUAAAUUCAUAGAGUCAGUCAAUGAAAAUCCUGAUAUCAAUUGGUGGAGUAAAAUGGUUGAUUAUAGACAACAAUCAAAUAGUUGUAUCAUUUCUGGUUGGUUAUCAGUAUUUUGUGUUUUUAAAGAGGAUGGUACAUUUAGAGGUAUAAAUGAUAAUUCAACCAAUACCAAUACUACAAAUCUAAAUAAUAGUACAAAUAGUGCUAAUAAUAAUAACAAUAGUACUGGGAAUUUAUCAAAUAUAAGUGGCAAUAAUUUAGCCAAUAUUAGUGCAAGUAGUUUUGCAAGUAUUGCUGCUGCUUCUAAUUUUGUAAAUGUUAGUUCUGGAAGUUUAAAUAGUAGCGGAGAUUCAUUUAAGGCUAGUGGAUCUCCUUGGUUAAAAGUUCAAGAUUGUAUGCUUGCCAAUGAUUUACUCUCAACUCAAGUUUUAAUCACCGAUUUCGAUGGUACAAAAUAUCAUAGUGAUUUAUAUGCUGGUCAUCUUGCUGUUAAAGCUGAAGAUAAAUCAAAAUUAAUUCCCUCUUUAGAUUGGUUCCUUGUUAUUGAAAGUGGAUCUGAUUCAAAAAAUAAAUGUUCAAUUAAUUAA